ACUUUUGGACACGCCCACCACUUUUAGAGUAAGCGUGGUCAGCGAGAAAAGAAGAAGAAGCCGGGCGGAGGACUGCUGCAAACAGGUACAUUCCUGGCCUAAAGUACUUCAUACACUCCUCUACCUCAGGGUGUCCUAAGACCACUCCGGGCUUCAGAGUCCAAAUUCUUCCUGCACUUGUCAACCACACCACCUCCACCAAGUGAAAACCCUAAACACCUCCAGCUGAUACAUCAUUAUCAGAAAUCAUGCCAAGCCAAGAGUUCUUGCAGAAGCUGAGAUUGCCAGAUCUGGAUUCUCUCAGUCAGUACUUCAGGGGUAUGUCCACAUCUACAUUAAUCAGCAUGGGGGCAAUCACAGCUGCAACAACCCUCUACAUGGCAACACGACCAAAGACAUUGCCACCCAUAUGUGAUCUCAAGAUGCAGUCAAUCGAAAUUCCGGGUGGAGAGUUUGUGCACCAAUCAACUCUGCUAAACGGUGACGAUCUCUUGACGCAUUUUUAUGAUGAUGCCAAAACAAUGUAUGAAUUCUUCCUCAGGGGCGCUCAAGUAUCCAAUAAUGGUCCUUUCCUGGGCUCCAGAAAACCCAAAGGUCCCUAUGAAUGGAUGUCCUACCAAGAGGUCAUGGAGCGAGCGGAAAAUCUUGGCUCCGCUUUUCUUCAUAAAGGACACUCCAAGACCACUGACCCCAACAUUGGGAUCUUCUCCCAAAACAGACCUGAGUGGACUCUCACAGAGUUGGCAUGCUACACCUAUUCCCUGGUUUCUGUCCCGCUUUAUGACACCCUUGGUACGGAAGCCAUCAACUACAUUAUAGACAAAGCCUCCAUCUCAACCAUAGCAUGCGACGUGGCAGAUAAAGUCAACCUGGUACUUGACUGCGUCAAGGACAGGAAACACACUGUGAAAACCAUUGUUGUCAUCGAGACUCCCAGCGAUGAGCUGGUGGACAGAGGCAAGCAAGCUGGAAUCGACAUCCUCAGCCUGCGCGAGAUGGAGGCAAUUGGAAAGGCUAACUAUCACCAACCUGUGCCUCCCAGACCUGAAGAUAUGGGCGUCAUCUGUUUUACGAGUGGAACAACAGGAAACCCAAAGGGAGCGAUGUUGUCACAUCGGAAUAUUGUGUCCAACUGCUCAGCGUUCCUUAAAAUAACACAGGCCACCUGUCCGUUGGGUCCCAGGGAUGUCCAUAUUUCAUUCCUCCCCUUAGCUCACAUGUUUGAGAGAGUUGUACAGGGAGUGAUGAUGGUUCAGGGAGCCAAGAUAGGAUAUUUCCAGGGAGAUAUUCGUCUUCUGAUGGAUGAUCUCUGUACCCUUAAACCUACUGUGUUUCCUGCAGUACCUCGACUUCUAAACCGAAUGUAUGAUAAGAUCUUUGGGCAGGCCAAUACUUCUGUAAAACGGUGGCUGCUGAAUUUUGCAUAUAGUCGGAAGGAAGCAGAGAUGAUGAAGGGCAUUGUGAGGAGAGACAGCAUCUGGGAUACAUUGAUCUUCAGAAAGGUUCAGGCUAGCCUUGGGGGUUGCGUACGUCUGAUGAUAACAGGGGCUGCUCCCAUCUCGCCGACUGUCCUCACUUUCCUCCGAGCUGCGUUAGGAUGUCAGUUCUACGAAGGUUAUGGACAGACAGAGUGUACCGCUGGUUGCACCAUGACCAUGCCUGGUGACUGGACUGGAGGUCACGUUGGUGCUCCUCUGCCUUGUAACUCCAUCAAGCUGGUGGAUGUGGCAGAAAUGAACUACCUGGCUCUAAACGGCGAAGGAGAGGUGUGCGUGAAAGGUCCCAACGUGUUCCAGGGUUACCUUAAGGAUCCGGAGAAGACUGCGGAGACUAUCGAUGCUGAUGGAUGGGUUCACACUGGAGACAUUGGGAAAUGGCUUCCUAACGGCACACUGAAGAUUGUGGAUAGGAAGAAGCACAUCUUCAAACUGGCUCAGGGGGAAUACAUAGCUCCUGAGAGGAUAGAGAAUGUCUAUGUGAGAAGUGACUCAGUGGCACAGGUUUUUGUGCAUGGGGACAGUCUACAAGCUUUUCUGGUAGCAGUGGUGGUUCCAGACCAUGAUUUUCUGUGUGAUUGGACCAAGAGGACCAUAGGAGUGGAGGGCAGCUACAAUGCACUUUGCAGUAGAGCGGAUGUCAAGGCAGCCAUCUUGGAGGACAUGGUGCGACUUGGCAAGGAAGCAGGUCUCAAGUCAUUUGAGCAGGUGAAGGCCAUAUAUCUCCAUACUGAGCUGUUCUCUGUCAACAAUGGUCUGCUCACGCCAACAUUGAAAGCCAAGAGGAACGAAUUGAGACAAUACUUCAGAUCACAGAUAGAUGAGCUAUAUGCCGGCAUCAAGAUGUAGAAGAUCAGGAAGAAGUAUGACUGGAAAGAUGGCCGAGAACAAAGCAGGAACAGGAACACGCACACCAAAUAUUGGAAAUUGCCAUUUCACUCCAAAUUCUUACUUUUUUUUUUUUUUUUUUACUUCAGACCUCACGUGCUUUGAUGUAGCUUUUAACGAAAGACAUUAAUUAUUCCCACAAUUACCUUGUCCCUGAUGUCUUAAAUGUAUGUCUGUGAUAUGAUUUUGUCAAAACACUCAAGAAUCAGGAAUUAUACUGUAAUACACUACAAAUCAAUUUUUAGCAUCCGGUGAAGAAGUCUUCUGUUUGAGUUACUCUGGGCCCAAUCCCUUACAGUUUUUGUUACCACGGCUAUUAGGAGCAGAGUUCUUGACCUCGGGUCUA